AGUACCUACUAAACUGUUUUCUUUUCAGUCCGUUAUCUCAAGAGGCAAAGUUACUAGUUAGUUUAGUUAGAAAAUCCUUUUCCUUCCUGGUCGCCAGUGAUAAAACAUGGACGCGGCACAGUUUAAGCAGGACAUGCCUCCUCCGGGAGGCUUUAAGUCUUUGGACUACUCCAGGGUUCCUGCACGUUCAUUAAUUCGAAGUAAAUGGCUAAUUUUUGCACAAGCUGUAUCUAUGGCUGGAGCGAUGUACCUUUAUUCAUUAACUUAUAAAAAAGUCGAAAGAGAAAGAGUGGAAGCAAGGAGUUCCAUGCUUGCUCUACUCCCACUUCUCACCGCUGAGAAAGAUAGAGAGUUUUUAAAACAAGUCAGGCGAAACAGGGACGAGGAAGCGCGCCUUAUGGCCAAUGUCGAAGGUUGGACUGUCGGCACUUACAGAGGCGAGCCUAUUUACAAAACUGUUCCCGAGGAUGCACUCAUUCGUCCAACAAUGACCGAAUAUUUCGUUCACAGUACUGAAAAGAAUUUUAAAGCCUUUAGGGACAUAAUGCUAUGGCAAUAGGUUUUGCAGUUUUUUCUCAAAAUAAACUUUUCUAGCAUUGUCUAGAGUCUUGAGCAACAAUGUAGAAAUCUAUAAAUAUAAAUUGUAAUGAUAAUUAAACGCUGUUGUAUUGUUAUUUUA